AUGGCAACCUACAAGACGCUCGCGGCCUCGCUCGACUGGCCCACAGGCCAGCCGCCCUCCCAGACCACAACGCUGAUAUGCAGCUCGCUCUCAGCGCCCGGCGACAUCCUGCUCCCGCAUUUCCUCAGCAGCGACCAUGCGGUCCUUUUGUCGUUCACGCAGACCAGCAACCACUACAUGCACAUUCUGCGCAAAAUGGGCGUGCACCGGCCGAAGAUCCACUUUGUCAAUGCACUGACGGACUUUAGCUUGGACGCCUUGCCCUCGGCCACCCGGCCAAAGCUCACUUGGCUGGCCGGGCAGCCCGAAAACACCACGUUGGUAGUCGACGGGCUGUGCUCGCUGAUGGAUCAGGGGAUGAGCGCUGUGCAGGCGCUGCUGGGCGGCAGGCUGGUGGUCAGUGUGUUUCUGGACGAGUUCACGGAGAAGCUGGUCAGGGCCCUGGCGAGACGGUCGCAUUAUGUGUUCAAUUUCGAGGGCCUGGCAUCGGGCGCGUCGUCGGAUGUAUCGGGCCAGCUGACUGCGACAUUCAAGCCAGUCCAUCUGCACUACAAGGUGGCUGACACAGCCGUCCAGUUUUUCUCGCCGGGCCAGUCCCGGACGGUCCUGUGAGUAGAGGAUAGAAUAGAGUUUAUUGUUUGGUGGAUGGGUUUUUUUAUCUACAAAUUACAGCUUGAAAAGAAAGGG